UUUUUUUUUUUUUUUGUGAAUGACCACCACAUGGUAGUGACUUGAUUCUCAUUAUCAUCCUGCGAUUCAUACUAUACUAUCGGUACUCGAAUUCUAUCAUCAUCAUCAUCAAGGCAACAAAAUGGUUAAUGAUCGCGUGUUAUUAUGUAUUGAAAUUAUCUAUUUAUUUAUCAUUCAACCAUGGAUAUACCUGCAGCAACAACUUCAUCAAUGGUUACGACACCCUUUUUGGUCCACUGUAGUGUUUUUAGUACUCUUACCUCUUUUUAUUAUGGCAACCUUGAUAUCCACUCUACUUGGAUUGUUUAUCAAUCACAUGAUACAACACAGGGCCACUUCCUCAUCAUCCACCGAUUCCGAUUCUUUCUUUCGGCUCUCUUCUCUUUCUUCCACUAUUCCAAAUUCCAAAAGAAAACAAACCAUGGAUUCUUCUUCUUCUUCUUCUUCUUCUUCUUCUUCUGCUUCUUCUUCUCCUCAAGAUGAUUUAUCUUAUUGGAUUGAACGAUGUUCUAUUUGUUUUGAUGCUCGAUUAGAUUUAUGUUUGGAUUAUUGUCGUGAUCAAUUUUGUAUUGAUUGUUUUCAAAGAUACGUUACAGAAGUAGUGACUUCCUCCUGGGGUUUAUCGGUCAAGAAAAUCAAAUGUCCAGUAUGUCAAAUUCAUAUUCCUCAAAGUGAAUGGAGUAAAUAUGUCCCUGAUCAAAUUGUUGAACUUUACAACAAAUUCAAUCGACCUUUUCGAAGUUUUACAAGAUGUUGUCCUCGUUGUGAAACUGAAGUGGCUGCUUGUGAAUAUCCAAAAACUAAAUCUAUUUUUCAUCAUAGGGAUAAUCAUCGAUCCAAUCUAAUUCAUGAAAUCAUCAUGGAUCUUGUUUUAUCAUGCAAGCAUCAAGAUCAUUCUCAUACAGAAAUGCACCAAUUACUUAAAGUAUAUGAACUACACGAAUGGAGGAAUUCUACUUUAUUAGCUCUUCAUCAACGUACCAUCACCACCUUGCUUUCCUUUGUGAACCAUCAUGAUCCUUCCUUGGUCCCUAAAGUCUUCGCAGUUUCAAGGCAAAUCUUAUUAUUGGAAAUGAAAACGGAUAUCUUUAAGAAACUUCAAUUCUCUCACAUUUCAUUCUUUCCUAAUGUGGAAUGUACCAAGUCGUCUUGUCGAGUCAAGUUUUGUUUACAAUGCGGAUAUGAAGCUCAUGAUGAUCGAACAUGUGAAGAAAAUAUGCAACAUCUGAUUCAAGAUAAAAAGUCAACCGACUUGGAAUCGAUCAGGUGGAAAUUGGAACACAGUAAACUAUGUCCAAGUUGUUCUAUAUUGAUUACAAGGGAUGAAGGUUGUAAUAAAGUGGAUUGUUCUUUUUGUGGGUAUUGUUUUUGUUGGGCUUGUCGAUCAUCAUGGUCAGAGAAAUGCGGAUUUUAUAGAUGUGCUAUUACAGGUUUGACGGAAAAACGAAGCAAGUCAUCGGAUAUAAAGACGGAAUUGGGAGUUCCUGAUAUGACCUUUAUUCAAGCAAGAUUUUCUCCUCAUGUGAACUAGAUUUUGUUUAUAAUCUAAUUGUGUCUAUUGCUAUUUUUGGUAUUUUUUUUUUUUUGUGUAUUCCAAUAAA